AUGGCUGGCUCCCUCUCUCACCUGCUGCUCCCCGUCGCCGUGCCUCCCCUUGCUCCCUCCAUCUCCCCUCUCCACCUCGGCCGAGCCGCCUCUCCCGUCGCCGCGCACCUCCCCUCACUCCACGCAACCACCGUGCCGCCCAAGCUCCCCGCGCGCCUCCCGCUCCCCUCGCCGGCCCGCUCCGCCUCCCCUGCUCCAGCGCCACCACCUCGCCGGCCCGCUCCGCCUCUCUCUUCCCCGUCGCCGAGCUCGCCCCUCACCCGCGCCUCUGCUCCGGCCGCCUCGCCGCGCGCCUCCCCUCGCUCCCCGCGCAGCUUCGCCGCCGAGCCCGCUCUGUCUCCCCUUCUCCUUGCUGCCGCGCGCCUCCAGUGCACCGUGCCGCCCGAGCUCCCUGCUCCGCUCCACCUCCGCGCGAGCUCCGCCGCCAGCACCCACCUGCAGCGCUCCCCACCAGCCUCCUCUGCCUCCAGCGCGCUGCUGCCGCCCGGCGUGUUGGCCUAG